AUGGGUAACAAUGGCUCCACAGAAAGUAAUGACUCUGGAUACGUAUCCGCGAAUUCGGGAGGAAAAUUUCCGUCAAUCUACCCAGUUCAAAUUCUCAAGCAGUCCGUCUCAUUUGCUUCCCAAAAACGAUCGAGUUCUGCGGGAGAAAGUACCUGGAAAAAAAUUGCAGGCGGACGAAAACGAAGAUCUAAAGUGAUUCCUUCGCAAUCGAUGCCCGAGAAUGUGAAAGUUGUCAAUAAUUACGACCUCCACCGAAAUCGACCACCGAAGACGAAUUCUUCUUACAAAAUAGAAGUGGAGAAUCCGCAUUACGAGAUGAGUGCGAAUUUCGCAAAAUCCUGCUCAGUAUCUGGCCUUGCAGCCAUCCACAAGAACAUAAAUUUGAGUCGUCUGCCAACAUCAAAGACGAAUUAUAAUCUCAACAAGCAUCCGUCAACUGUCAAGAAAGUGACAAUGACCGGAAGUACCAGUGAAAUGCUCCUGUGCCUCGCAAACUUUGUCAACUCAAGAUCCGAAAUAUCAAUAGAAGCGGAUAAAAUGGUGCUAUGGCUUCGCAACGUCGACCGUCACUUACUUAAUCAGGGCUGGCAAGACUGUGUGUUUAUCGGCCCGACUGCACUUGUGCUCAUGUUUCUGCGAAAGGGGAUGCAAAUUUAUAUUCCUCCAAAGUUAAUAAAAAUUGACCUGCCGCGGAGGGACCCAAGACUGACAAUCGAAGACAUAAGAAAACGAUUAUUAACUUAUCUGUACAUAACUUACAGCUACGCUGGCCCAGAAAUCUCCUACCCCGUUAAACCAUUCAUGUGCUUAUCGACAGAAUCGUCAGAUAGUUUUUGGAAUAGGUGCCUUCAUUUGAGCAUACGAAGCAGUGACCAGCUCCUGAGGCUUGCUACGGAUCCUAACUUCUUUGCCAGGUGCUUUCGGGAGCUGAAAUUGUACCAGGAAAGGGUCUUUUACUUUUCUAAAAUAAAAGUCCGUUAA